UAAGCAAACGAAGCUUUUUUUUUACUUUGUUCUUCCUUUCUUCCUCGAAGAGCAAAUAAUUAAUUCCUUUCUUAAUAUGUUCCAUUGAAAAACAUUCUUCUCUUCAAAUACACACACACACAUAUAUAUAUAUAUAUAUAUCUAAUCUUAAUUGUGUUCAUGAAAAGUGUACUUGACAUAAUUUGGGAAAGCUCUCAUGGCUUCAUCAAGUAACAACAGAGAAUAUGCCAAGGAAAUUGAGAAAGCUCGGCGAGACCUUCGCGCUCUUAUCUCAAGCAAUAAUUGUGCUCCUAUCAUGCUUCGUUUGGCGUGGCAUGAUGCUGGAACAUACGAUGCUAAAUCAAAGACUGGAGGUCCUAAUGGCUCUAUCAGGCUACCAGAAGAGUUAAAACACAAAGCAAACAAUGGUUUGAAAUUUGCAGUUGAUCUUUGUGAGCAAGUGAAGACCAAACAUCCAAUAAUCACAUAUGCAGAUCUUUACCAGCUUGCUGGUGUUGUUGCUGUUGAGAUAACUGGAGGUCCAGCUAUCGACUUUGUUUAUGGUAGAAAGGAUUCAGAUAAACCUGUUGAAGAAGGGCGCCUUCCAAAUGCCACUCAAGGUGUAUCACAUUUAAGAGAUGUAUUUUACCGCAUGUGUUUAACUGACAAGGACAUUGUAGCACUUUCUGGUGGCCAUACAUUGGGAAGGGCACAUCAAGAAAGAUCAGGUUUUGAUGGAGCAUGGACAAAAGACCCUUUGAAGUUUGAUAACUCAUAUUUCAUAGAACUUUUGAAUGGGAAUUCCCGAGGACUCUUGAAACUUCCUACUGAUAAGGCUUUAGUUGAGGAUCUCGAGUUUCGCCGUUAUGUCGAACAUUAUGCAAAGAAUGAGGAUUCAUUCUUUGAAGACUAUGCUGCAUCACAUAAGAAGCUAUCAGAGCUAGGCUUCAAGCAAAGUGGUGGAAUGAAAGCAAAAGCAAUUGGAGUAGCAGUUGUUGUUUCAAUUGGUGUUGCCUUACUUGCCACUCUACUCCAUAAAGGACAGUACCAUAUCAUACCUCAAAUUUGAAUUAUAUUAAUCUGUGCUUGAACAUGUAAAUAAUAUAAUAAAUAAAUGUAAAAAAAAGUCAAUAAUAAAGGACAGCCUUUGUGCAGAGAAAAAUAAUGAGACAUCAGAUUAUUGUUAUUUUUUUAUUAAUAAUCAGCCUGAUUAAAGAGGCAAACAUGAAUAAAAUAGAGAUUAAAGAA